ACAGCCCCCUCCCUUCUAGAAACGUAAACACUACUGUGUAUGUAGGUAGGCAACUACUACAACCACGGACAGUCCACAUGCAUACAUAUGAGAGCAUGCAGAGCAGCGCUGUAAUAUUUAUGCUGCUUGUUCAUACAUAUAAUUUACUGGAAUGCCACUGCCUGAGCAGUUAUGAUCUACGGAAGCGCGAGGGGGCUUUGUUUAAGGUUUGCUGAUUACUCUGUAGGCUGCAGAGUGUAGUUCUUUUUAUAGUGAGCGGUUGUGCUGCGUACCAGGGAACAGGCUGGUGUAGCGUUGGGUGUAACGCAUAGAAAGGGGCAGACAGCAAGCUGGCGCAGUGUGUUAGGUGACAGACAAGAAGACAGUGCAGUGCUGGUGCUAGGCUGGGAACAGUAGCACUUUUAAAUGCCAACCAUUAAACCAGUUGGGGACAAAUAAGAAAGCUCAUGUAGUGUUCAGUACUAGGCAAGGUACAGAAGCAGACGGGUGUCAGUCAGUAAAGCUGGAACAACUCAGUGCCAGGCAGGGAAGGGGUGUUUUGUAAUAUGAGAACAAUAUAAAAAAAAGUCGCUGCAUUGUGUAAUGUAAGUGUGCUGCCUUAGGUGGUGAGUGAGUUGCAUAAGACAGAAGCCAGGGUGCACACAUUCUAAUUGGUAAAAGAGGGAGGCGCACAGUUUAGUAAAGAGGCUGCAAGGCACACAAUACAGUACGGCAAAGGUGCGGGCAACCAGGGCACAUAGUGUGCACCACAAGCUUCACACAGCAGGUAGGCAGAGGCAGGUGGGAUGAAAGGGGAGGGCAGAGGGGAGGAGAGCAUAGGAGGGAGUAGCCCAGAAGAGAAGGAGGAGAAGCGAGCGAUGGAAGAAGAAGCAGAGGAAGACGAGAACCUGCCGCUUGGGGAAGAGCAAGGGAUGCGGGACAGCCUGCUUGGAGGAGCUCCAGAGGGGGCAGCUGUGCCCACUGAGAUGCCAUCUCCGGAAAACCGUGAAGAGGAGGGUGUUCGGGGAAGGGCCCCCCCUGAAGGUGGCUUCGGUUGGGUUGUGGUUCUGGCUGCCACCUGGUGCAGCGGCUCCAUCUUCGGCAUCCAAAACUCAUUUGGGAUCCUGUAUGUGAUGCUGCAGGAGGAGAUGGAGGGAUCCAAAGGACAGGGCAUGGACUUCAAGACAGCUUGGGUUGGAUCCUUAGCCAUGGGAAUGAUUUUCUUCUGCUCUCCGGUUGUGAGCAUCUUCACCAACAGACUGGGCUGCAGGAUGACAUCAUCCGGAGGUGCCGCACUGGCUUUCAUAGGAUUACUUUGCAGCUCCUUCACCACGUCGCUUGGUGUUCGGUAUUUUACCUACGGAAUUCUCUUUGGUUGUGGUUGUUCGUUUGCUUUUCAGCCCUCCUUAGUCAUCCUCGGUCAUUACUUCAAGAAGAGAUUAGGCCUAGUAAAUGGAAUUGUGGCUGGAGGAAGCUGCGUGUUCUCAAUGUGCCUUCCUUUUCUGCUGAAGAAAGUGGGGAACAUUAUUGGUCUGUCACACACCUUCCAAAUGCUAAGUGUCUUCAUGUUCAUCCAAAUCUUUCUCUCCCUCACGUUUAAGCCUCUCAUGAAUCAUCCCAUGGAAUUCAACAGAGUAAUGGAGAAGGUACCCGGCAGAGGCAAGGUUCAGCACUGUUUGGCACAAACUAGGCAAUAUUUUAGCUUGCAAGUUUUUCGGAAGAAGACCUACAGGAUAUGGGCUUUUGGAAUUGCGACUACAGUCCUUGGUUACUUCGUACCUUAUGUUCAUUUGAUUAAGUUUGUUGAGCAGCGAUUUAAUGAGAAUAAACAAGAAUGGAUCCUUCUGGUGUGUAUUGGGGCUACAUCAGGGAUUGGCCGACUGGCUUCAGGCAAAAUUGGUGAUUGUAUCCCAGGCCUUAAGAAGGUCUAUUUGCAGGUCUCCUGCGUGAUUACUGUGGUAGUUACGACUUGGCCUACUACCUUGCUGGUGUUCCACCUCUAGUCGGAGCUCUGGUGCUUUUGUCUGUUCCUAUCAUACAUGACAAAGACAAAAGGAAUCAACAACUGGCAGCUGAGAAGGAGAAAGCACAGGACUCAGUGGUAAACGGAGAACUCCUGCCUGGAAGUCCCAUGACAGACGCCAGAGUUUAAGCAGCUUCCCAAUAUGAAACCCUAGAAGAUGACACAAACCUGCAGAGAGGAGCUAAUAGUGAUCCUCAUUCUGUAGCCCAGACCUGAACUGAGCUGAAAAAAACGUUAGUCAAACAAACGUGAGAUAAAUGGAGCACUUAUUAAGGGCAGUGUGAGCUUGAAUGAAGAGGAAGAAAGAUGUUAUGAAGGAGAAACAAUAGUAAUGUUAUAAUCACAGUGAAGAUAUGAAUUUAUAUAUACACUUGUGUCCGUGUACAUACAUAUACACAUAUACAUACAGGCAUAACAUGUUUAUGCCACUUUGAAUAUCCAACUUUGAUAAUCAAUAUAACUCACAUGCACACACACAUACAUAUGAUACACUCACUCAAUAUAACUCAAAUGCACACACACAUACAUAUGAUACACUCACUCAAUAUAACUCACAUGCACACACACAUACAUAUGACACACUCACUCAAUAUAACUCACAUGCACACACACAUACAUAUGACACACUCACUCAUAACUCACAUGCACACACACAUACAUAUGAUACACUCACUCAAUAUAACUCACAUGCACACACACAUACAUAUGACACACUCACUCAUAACUCACAUGCACACACACAUACAUAUGAUACACUCACUCAAUAUAACUCACAUGCACACACUCAUACAUAUGACACACUCUCUCAUAACUCACAUGCACACACACAUACAUAUGAUACACUCACUCAAUAUAACUCACAUGCACACACACAUACAAUAUGACACACUCACUCAUAACUCACAUGCACACACACAUACAUAUGAUACACUCACUCAAUAUAACUCACAUGCACACACUCAUACAUAUGACACACUCACUCAUAACUCACAUGCACACACACAUACAAUAUGACACACUCACUCAUUAUAACUCACAUGCACACACACAUACAUAUGAUACCCUCACUCAAUAUAACUCACAUGCACACACUCAUACAUAUGACACACUCACUCAUUAUAACUCACAUGCACACACACAUACAUAUGAUACACUCACUCAAUAUAACUCACAUGCACACACACAUACAUAUGACACACUUACUCAAUAUAACUCACAUGCACACACAGAUACAUAUGACACACUCACUCAAGUGCUUGGAUUGUUUUAUAGAGAUUUGUAGUCUGCAAGAUUAUUUGCAAGAGCAAACCUCCUGCCUUUGUAAGUCCAAAGCAAGACAAAUCGUCUCUUUUUAAAGUACCUAUAGAAGUAUGGUAACUAGAGGGUGAGAGAGAGGGCAGUCAUAAAUUCCUAUCCUGUUCAUUUGCCUAACUGAAUAUGUUCAAGGACCGGGAACAAUGAGACAAAGACAUCUGAGAAAACUGAAACAGCGGUGAAGGAAAUAAUAAGGAAACCGAACUGCGAGAAGUCAUGAAAUCUAAUGUAUCAGCCUGUAGUGUCAUGCACACUAGUGUUUUUCAAUUGCAGUCCUCAAGUACCCCUAACAGGCCAGAUUUUUAUGAUAUAACUAAAGCACAAGGGAAAUAAUUAGCUGAUCAGUAACCAUGGGUUAGCGCGCGUAUUACAAGUCGAAAGUAAAAUGUUUGCACACCAGGGAAAGCCGGCGCACAAUAUAUAUCUCUAAUGUAUUUUUUUUUUUUAAAUAUAUAAUCUAUGCCCA